AUGAGAAUCAAGGAUUUAUUAGAUGAGUUUCCAUCGUACGAUAUAGCUUCUAUUACAGAAUAUCGAAUUGGCGAAAAAAUCGUGGAUGUUAAUGAACUUAAUGCUGAUUCCGACACAGUUAUCGCCAGUGAAUUGCCACCGAUAAAUGAACUCGAAGACCCAAAGCCUCAACCAAGCGAUGCACAAUGCCAGGUUCCAGAUUCCAAAAGGAUCAGGAUAUCGCCCAGAAUAAAACCUAAGCCGAAAGAAGUUAGGAAAUCUGCGAAGGCCAAAACCAAUACCAAAACCAGUAAGGUGAGUCCUGCUGUUAGCCCAACUGCAUCUAUCAAACCAGAUCAAACCGUCGAUAAAGAUCAACCACCGGAAGCAAAUAAGAAGACGUCCCGACAGAAAACUGAGGUCCCCUUGAAAUGUUCCAAAUGCUCGUUUGGCACCCGCUAUGAAUUGUCCUUUAUCAAGCACCAAGCAAAACAUGACGACAAACCGAAAAGUACAACCACAAAACAAUCACGCCUGUACUACUGCAGAGGUGCAGGUUGUGCUGAGACAUUCACCUGUCGUCAGCUUCGUUAUCGUCACUUUCACAAAAAUCACGCUUUGUUUGUUUGUGAAAUUUGCGGCAAACGAUCCGCUUCGGCAACAGAACUGAAAUAUCAUAUGGAGCGUCACAAGAAUCAGCUUAGCUUCCUCUGUCCGUACUGUAAAAAAGCUUGCAAUACUAAAACGGAUCUUAAUCUGCACAUUCAAUGCAUCCAUAGUGCCGAGAAAAGGUUCCAAUGCAAAACAUGUGGUCUGAGCUUUCGCAGAAAAGAUAUACUACAAUUACACGAAACGCAUCACAAAGAUAUUUACGAACAUCCAUGUACGGUGUGCAACAAACGGUUCAAAACCGGUAGUGAUCUACGGAAGCACCGUCUAAGUGUGCAUGAUGGAUUACGGGUUGAGUGCGAGUACUGCACUUCUAGUUUCGACAAUAGAGGGAAAAUGCUGGAUCAUGUCGAGCAUAUUCAUGGGAUUCAGGUACGAUUUGUGUGUGACAUUUGCGUGCUGCCUUUUGAAGGUGAAGAUAAUUUGAAACAGCAUAAAUUGCGCCACACAAGCCCUCAAAAAUUGGAGUGCGGCACAUGUUUAGACGUGUUUGCGUCAGAUGAGCUGAUGGCCGGUCACGUGUGUAUUACGUAUAGAGACGACUACUUCUGUUGCAACAGGGACCAUCGUAAUCAUCAGUUCUUCAACAAGCAUAUGUUUGUUAAACAUGGCACAACGAUCAACGCGCGGGUUAAGCCAAUACCGGGUCAACUGCUGGGAACGCUUAGAGCUACCAGGAAACGCAUUGAGAUGUGUCGCAAAUGUGAUACUGUUUUCCCAAAUAGAUCUCAAAAAAUGAAGCAUAAAUGUACUGGUUCAACAGAGAGUACACCACCGGUUAACAUGCCUAGCUUUGACACUGACCUCAAUAGUAUUGUAAAUCCUCAAAACCCACCGCAGGAAAAACCAGAGGUUCUUGUGCAACCUCCGGUUGCACCAGCGAUCGGUUCACAACUAACAAACACUACUGACUUUAGCAUGGUCUCAAGCUAUGCUGUAGAAACUGCAGCUCCUGUUCCGGACAAAGAACCAACGAAUAUCUGCAACACUGGUUAUGCAGAAUGUUCUCAGCUUACGAACACUGUUUGUUUCAAUACAGGUUUUCAAUAUGCUGCUGGCGUUCAAAUGCCAGUAGUUCAGCAAAUGGAUCAAAUGCAAAUCUAUAUUGGUUUGCCGGGAAACAUUCAACUGACCGAUAUGGGUGGAUUCAAUACAACCUUUGAUUAUGGCCCGAGGGAUCCAGUUCUUUGUUUUUCACAGAAUUGUUAA